GGGCCGUCGUCCGCCGGAUGCGCCGCUCUGCUCGUCUGCUGAAACGCGCGCCGUGCCGCCAUCCCGCUGUGGCGCACCACCACGCGCGUCCCUCGUCUCAGGCGGCACCUCCGCAGCUGGAUGAAUCUGCAAUUCGAGGCAGCUGAUGAGCAGCCCGCAGCGGGCGCAUCCACUCGGCCCCGGCGCAAGAGCAGCACAGACGGCGCUUCCGCCACACCCCUGCGCUGCUGGACCCGUCUCACGCGUGUCCCUCCUCUGCUGCCAACCACCACACGCCAUGCAGCUGCAGCCGACGAGAUCUCCGCUCGCACGAGGGCACGUUCGCUCAUGCAUGAGGUAUCAACUCGAGUUGCUCCGCACGCGAACGCCUCCAACCACCACGUCGCUCUCUCACACGGCGACAUUUCCGACCAAGCCGCGGCCGAGCUGGCGCUUUUUUUUCGCUGCCGAUGCCGCCGGCACAGCGCCGCUCGUCCCGGCAGAGGCGCUCACAUCCCGGGUGUGCGAGGGCGGCAAGCAGCGGGCGUUCGCGGGGCCUGUCCCUGGGGCCUCCGCGGGCUCGCGCGUGGACCCUCGGCGCUGCCGCGCGCUUGCAGACCUUCUCAGCGAGGACUGGAGGGCCGAGCGAAGCUGUCAGACUUCAGGAUCGUCUCGCCUCGCACGGUCCCUCUGUGGGACAUGCCGAGUCGCCUGUCGCGGCAAGGACGGGAUGACGACGAGGUCUAGGCGUGGGACUUCGGCGAGCUAAAGCCGUCUCGCUU